CGCCGCGUUUGGUUGUUCACGUUUAAAGGGCACUUUACGCAAUUCCGAUGUUAGCAGUAACGAAAAUAGCGGAACCAACAUCUCUCGGCAUGAACAACGAGCGAUUCAUGUCGAUCCUGACAUUAGAUGACAAGUCAUCGUUAAAAUCAAUCGAGAUCGAUAACACAUCGAUGGAUGACUCUUCGUUGGAUACGUUGCCAUCGUCAACAUCUAACGCGUUACAACUCCUACGAAUUAAAAGUUGCACGCGGCUUUCUCAACGAGGUAUUUUAACACUCGCAAACAAUUGCCGCUACCUGAGAGAACUCUCAUUGUCGUACUCGCUACUUAGCGAGGAAUUACUGUUGGCUCUCAGUACCGAGCACCACGUUCGUUUGGAGAUCUUAAGGGUGGACGCUCACCCGGAAACGAAACCUUUUCCAAAAAUUGGCGAAAAAGCAUGGACCACUCUCGCCAAUCACUUGCCAGAUCUAAAUUUCAUAUUACUGUCGUAUUUAACUGAAGAAGAGGACUACGAAGCUCUGCUUGCAUCUCAUAUUCCAGUCACGCAUCUGUAUUUCGGCGAGAUAACAACGUCAAGAAUCUUAUCCAGAAUCGGCAAACACUGUCCACGACUUGUUGAACUUGUUAUCGGAGCUCAUGGGCCAAGUCUUCUGGAUCAUGCUCUCAUUUCCAUAGCCAAGGGAUGUCCUAAAUUAUCAGCUGUUGGUUUAGGCGACUGCGAACUAACGUGCUCCGGUUUUGUAGAGUUUGCAGCUCUGUGCGGCCAACGUUUGCAUACGCUUUAUGUUCUGGAGACGUCUCUUUUGGACGACUCGAAUUUUGACAUUACAGAAGCAUCCGCAAGAGUUUCUAAACUUUUAGGACGUACGUGGACACCGGAAUAUGUUCCACUAUGGUAAAAUGCCGUACGUGAAAAUUCAAGACUGCCAAGAGUAUUGCAAAUUAAUUGCAUUUAAACUCGAUGUACAGAUAAGUUCUCUAAUUUUGUUCCUUCAGUAAAGGAAAAUUAUCAAAUUUAUGAUUGCAUUUUGCAGAGGUCGGACCAUGUUAAAACUGAUCAUUUAUUCCUCAGUGUCUGGAUAAGUUAAAUAAGUCAAUUAAACUCCCUCAAUACAAUGGAAAUAACGUUUAACAGUCGAUCCGACAGAAAUGAUUGUUAAUACCAAAAAAUAUAAACUUUAUUGGAUUAUAAUAGGUUUCCCUAGGUGUAAUGUAUAUAAAAUAAAAUAAUAUCACUAACUA